CAGUAGUUUUAUGCUGUUGUAAUAUUGUGUUGAACACAUAAUUGUUGUUAAUUUUGUCGUUGGUACUGUAUAGAACACGCAAAUAUGGAUUGUCACGCAAAUUCCUCGCAUUCCAAAGUUACACGGGGAAUAAAGUUUCAGGAAGCGGAAUGGCCGAGGUACACAACGCCUGAAUGAAGAUGUUGAAUAAUAAUGACCCUGAUCGGUAAAGCAUUUGCGCCAAGGACAUUAUGGCUCACCACGAAUUUCUUCCCUUAUGUGACGUUCUAUUUAACAUAAUAUCUUUAGCGUCCUAUUUCUGUGAUGUUGUGUUUGAUGUUGUUAUGGGUUAUGCUUUGUUUGAACGUGGUCGACACGUAUGGUUUGCUGUUUCAUUGACUUUUGUUGCUACGUCUCUUGUGAUUAGUCAAGUCAUAUCUUUAAAAUGGUAUAUAUGUGCGUGUGAGUCCCGGAGAAAAGUGAAAGAAAAGUCUAAGAAUGAAGAUGCUGCGACGGCACCGACGUCAAAUAACCGAGAACGUUGCUUUCAAUGGCUUGUGGGUCUGUUACAUGUCAUCCAGUGCGGAGUUUUGUGGCGCUAUUUUAAAUUAUUCAUACCAGUUGAUCUUCGUUAUGUGAAGCACGAAGUGAGAGACUUGUGUAUGCUAAGAUUAUUUCAUGCUUUUUGUGAGGCAGCUCCAAUGUUACUAGUCCAGCUUUAUCUUUUGUGGCAAGAGACUUCACCGAAGAAUUUUAGUGACUUAAAUAUAGUGUCUACAGUGUUGUCUCUUUUUAGUGUUUGUUGGGCUUUGGCCUCGUUUAGCAAAAAUGUUAGACUUCAAAAUGUGCAUCGAUUAGUUUUAACAUGGCUAGGCGUGAUAUUUCAAUUUAUGUGGCGUUUAGGAACAGUCUCAUCACGUGUAACAGCAUUGACUGUGUAUGCUACAUUAUAUGGACACUGGGUGUUUCUGGUGAUUGGGCUGCACUGGAUAUCAAUGUUUCUCUGGCUCAUUUCUCCAAAGAACGUCUUUCAUGGUGAAAGGAUAUCAAGACGGAGGAAGGCUGCCUUCUCAGCUCUCAUAGCAUUUGUAUAUGUUUUCUCAUAUAUAAAUUUGCAGGAAGUUAAUCCUCGGCAGAAAAUGGCAACAUUUUAUGUAGUCAUGUUUCUGGAAAAUGCCCUGUUGGUUACUGCCUGGCUUGUUGGCGUGUGGAGUGAAGCACCCUGGUAUCGAAACACUGUGCCGAUAGUUGUGUUUGUUUCAUUUGCAACUGGAAUUUGCUUCAUGAUUCUCUACUACCGGUAUUUUCAUGUCAGAAGGUUACGUUAUGAAGCAGGUGGAAGACCAAAUACUUAUAACAACAAUUGUGAUUCCACACAGAGAUUAGCUAAUGUAAAUAAUGUAAACUGUGGUGAAGUGGUGGCCCAUGGCAAAGAUGAACAAACUGCAGUGGCAAAAGAAGUGCACUGUAGUGGGAAGGCAGUCAAUAACUGCCAGCAGCGGUGCACCAAUGGUUACCUGCCCUACCAGCAUGGAGGCAUACCUGGUGUGUUCAACUGUCGCUUCAACAAUCCAGUUACUUCAACAGCUGCAACUAAAAGGAAAAAGAAGAAGCCAACAUCAUUUGUCCCUCCUCCUGCUGUUACUGCACUACCUUCUGUUGGUGUACCGAGUCUGUCCAUUCAACAACAACAAAACUGCUUGCAAGAACCCUACAGCAGCAAUAUGUCACUACAGCUACAGAAUUCUGUUCCAUUUUGGAGGAGGCCUUUGCCAAACAACCAACACAAUCAUCAGGGUGGCUCAAGUGAAAAUGAAGCGAGCAGUGUUGGCUCGAGGGUGAACAUACAGCAGAAACUGCAGGAGAAGAAGCAGAAGCAGUUAGCAGAGCUUCGGAUAAUUGAGGAAGAAAUAAAGCAGGGUAAAAUACAGAGACCAGGUUCAGGUGCACCGUCAGGUGUCGGCGAUGACUUUGGCUCACUGCCUCGGCAGCCGAUACCGAGAGCUAAGCGACACAACCAGGGUGGUUGGCCACCACCAACACCUCCGAGUUCCAGAGCUCUGCCACCACCUUACUCUUACCAUUUACUCCCACCCCCACGUGCGAAGCAUCGUUCCAAAACACCUGAGAUUCUCCUGGCGCCUCAUUACCUUGAGGGCAACAGCAUCUACUGCAGCUGGGAACACGAACGAGGCCCUGUAUAUCGGUUGUCAGAUGAUGACCACAUGGACAGGGAGUGCAGCAGCGACCACGGAUCGAGCUACUCGGAGGCGGCGGCCCGGGGAGCGAAGGAUGCCGGCUGCGACAGUGGGAGUGCAGGUGCCCAGCAGGCCAUGCUCAUGUACAAGUCAUACCGCAUCCCGUCCGACAUGGACUCGCAGAUCUCGUUACCCCGCUCGUACACACUGCCCCGCGAGUUCAAAUACUACCGUCGGCCCAAAUCUCGCAAGGCCGUACGCUCAGAGCACUUUGUCGCGUCCACAAAUUCUAGCGACGGGGAUGUUGAUUCAGGAGAUGAAACUCCACAUCACAACCACGAACCGCCUCAGCACCAUUCGAGACCUGUGAGGAUGCGGCCGUAUCGGGGUUAUGUAAGAAGAGAUCUGCAUGAAACAAAACUGUGAUUAGUAUUUUUUAUGUUACUACACUGUAAAUUGUAUUAAUCCUUAUUUAUUUUGUUACUAGCUAACAGUAUGCUUCUCAUUACAUGCUGUGUUACCUGUUAGCAAAUCUCUUAGUUAUUACUCAGUCUAAAUCAGAAUUACAAUUUCCUCAAAGGAAAAAAUUUAAAUGGAGGAUAUUACAGUCAUUAUGCAAGAACUGUGUAGGAAGUUUAUGGUGAAAAAUUGGAAGAAGUAACAGUAGAAUCUGUUAUGCCCACUGUUGAAAAGAAGUUAGUUAUUAGUCUUUCAGACAAAAUCACAGAAUAUUUUUUUGUCCUGUGACCGUGUCUGAAAGAAAUAAAAAGUAGUACAUAAUGCAUGUCAAUCAUUUUCUCCAUAGACAGAUUGUAAUUUUUCCCAGAGUUAUUAAUCCUUUUCUUACAACCAUGAAAAUAUUCCAUUGUUGAAAUAAUACUGAGCGGAAAGUAAACAACAUUAUGAGGAAACAUUAUGAGGAAUGAGAUUCUACUCCUGUGUAGAAUCAUCAGAUAGGCAUAGGAACAAUGUCUCAAACUUGUGUACUUUGUCAGGGUACUCACACACAGCCUACAUGUGUGCGGCUAUUGCCAUAGUGUGGUGAGUAGUUGUCUUUCCUUGUACAAUUCAAAUGUCCCACUGAAUUGGAAUCAGAUGAGGGUAUUAGAAUUAUUUGAUGUUGCAAAAGAAUUUUAGUUGUGGUUUUUGUUGCAUUUAUUAUGGUACAUAAGGAAAUAGCUCAUCUGUAAUGCAGGGAAAUAGAGGUAUCAUAUGUGCAACCAAAGUUUUUUCUCUCAAGAUAUUGCACGUAAGAAUCCCAAAUGAGCUUGUGUGUGGUGUAUAAUUUCUAUACUAAUAUGUUCCUACUUAUCUGUCAGGAAUGCCUUAUCAGUUUUAUUUUAUAACAAACAAGAAAUCACAUUCAAUGUCUUGUAAUUAAUGUUGCAGUAAGAAGGAAUUAAUGCAACAGAAAAUACUAUUGAUUCAAAAUAUUUUAUUGAAUUCCUUAUCUGUAAGACUUUUCUCUUUCUGCAUUUCUUUUCCAUUUUUGCUGUCGUUUGGGAACUUGAUGUCAUUGAUUCAACACAUUGUGAUCUCUGUUCUUAAUCGUAUAACAAAUCAGCAUAGAUUUACAUUUUGAGGCAGUUCAUUAAAAAUGGGCAAAAACACUCAGUGUGAUUUAACAUGCACUCAAGUUUUUUCUAGAAUUGGCAAAGAUAGUUAUUGUACUUUUCCCCCAUAUUCAGUGGUUCUUGCGGGAGUCUGGCUAACAGAAUUUUAGUGCUCCAUUCUCUUUUUAUGGUGAUUGAGAGACUGAUUAACACUGAACAAAUCAUUUUGACUGAUUUUACAGGCUCAUCCUAUCAAUUAGCUGAGUUGGUAGGCUAUUGUCUGUAAAAGCAAGGAUCUGGGUUGGUGUCAAGCUACAAAAGAUGAAUUUUAAUCUGUCAAGGAGACUGAAUGUAGUGGAGAAUUAAUUACUCAGUAUGUAACUUUAUAAAUUUUAUAUCAACAAAUAUCGUAAAUUGUUUCCCAAAAAGAACACCACUUUUGGAUCAAACAAAAAUGUAAUAAUUUAUUUAAAAAAUUAUGUUAUUUAUGCCUCAUUGUAAAGUGCAUGCUAUAUGAUAAACUAUAAAAUGUAGUAUUACUCAUAUGUUUAACACAGCUCUCAUCCUAAGCUCAAGAAUUUUUUGUGAUUUGUUGAUAUGUAUAUAAAAGUUUUGAAAUUCAUGUAGAUAGAUAUCACAUGGUGACAAAUCACAGUAUCUUGGUUUGUUAUUCACAUCCCUGUUGUGAGGAAUCAGCAGUCCGAGAAAGGAAUCCAUUCUCCCAACAAAUUUGCUUUUUUCCUGGCUGGAUGCCUAAUAGAACCAACUUUAUGAACGAAAUAUGCUUAACACUCACACUGUGUAAUGAAGUCAUUAUAGCUGUGUUAAUACAUUGUUGUAACAUUCUGUUUACUGUUAAAUAUUCAAAAAAGUACAGCAAUAUCUCCAUUGCCCCAAAAGUCUCAGCAGCGACCCAUGAAUGCAACAGCUCCCCGCAAGCAAUUUCAGUGUUCUCUGUGACCCAACUGUGGUAAAAUUAUCAUAGUUGGGUCACAGAGAAUACUGAAACUGCUUGCGGGUGUUAACAAGCCUGCUUAAAAGAAAAUGCACCUCACCACUAAAGCUGAUUUUACUGCAGAAAUUGUUGCCCAAUCUCUGUUUCUCAAGUAUCCUGUUGAGAGUUCUCAGAUCUUAGGUAGUGUGUUUGCUUAGUUCUUGAGCCACUUGUUCAGUAGGCUUACAGUUACACAUCAUCUUACAGAAUCCAGAGCAUGGUGCUGCUCCUCUGAAUGUUCUCUUGUUGAAAACACCUGGAAAUCUAAUUCCACAGAGUCUGUGAAGCAGCUUCCCUCACAUUGCUGUUGUUGCCAAAACAGCAGUAUUAGUACAACCAGACAAUUUAAUCUACAUUCUCUCUUUGGUACCGAAACUCCCCAUAUUUGUUUUACCUUAUCUGAAUAAUAACAUACUGUUCCAUUGCGUACUCUUUUAUAAGGUCAACUAACGAGAUAUAAUAAACAGUGCCACCAACCAGACAAAGUAAAAUUGGUACAAUAUUCAAAAUUUGUGUACUUUAAGGUACUCUGUAUGUUCCUUUUUCCUGUAGGAUAAUUUGACUUCUACAAAUGAAAAUGAUGCCAGUUUGUAUUAUGUGUGACAGAUUUCCAGUUUUUUCUGUGAAAGCUUCUUCAGCAAUUCUGAGCAUGAGUGAUUUAUUUAAAAAGUGCCAUAUUUUCCUAAUUUUAUUAGCACAAACAUCCUCAUUAUCCUUUAUUAAUCACCAUUCAGGAUCCAUAAAAUGAAAAAUAGCAAACAGAAUGUGAAAGAAUACUACUCACCACAUUGUUUUGCUGUCAUUUUACGUAUCUACAUGAAAGUUUCUAACUGCUAAUUUCAUGGUAACUGUUAAUCACACUCAUAUGGUUCAGUUCUCAUGGUGUUUAUGUAUUUUGUUCUAUUUGUAUCUUUAAAUUGCUAUGUGUUCUUGUUAAUAUGCUUUUAUAAAUACAUUCUUGCAUUGCGUGUUUGAAAUUGUUAAGAGAGUUGUUAAAAGGCAGCUUAAAGAAUAAUGCCUUCCACAUAGCAUUGUUUCAGUAUUGUUACAUUCCAUCCUGGAUUUUACAUAUCAUUGUUUUAUAGCUAAAAACUUGUUGCAGACUAUUCAUAAUCUUCCUCACAGGAUAUUGAUCAGCCUAUAAAAUUGAGGCAUUUGCAAGGUAUUAGCCAUUAUUGGCUUGGUUAAUGUUUUCCAUUAUUGCUUUCUGCUGCAGAGAGAUUUCCCCCCCACAGGAUUAAGCCAUAUCACUCAAAAUUUAAGUUAUCAGCAAGAUUCUGCAUGUGUUCCAUUUUCUUUGGGGCUAGUGCAUCUACUCUUGAGGUGUGCUCAUUUCCAUGUAAUAGAUUUUAUUUGCUGCAGUGUGUGCUAUUAGCAGAAAACAGAACUGUUUUUGAACCAGUUUUGCUUGCAAUUUGUAUGACAUAUAUUUUUAAAGUGAAUUACCUGUGGUAGCUUGUAUAUAUUGAUUUUUGUUAUUCUUCACCCAACUGUCAUCUUAAAUUCUUACAACAUUCGUUAGCAAGUUUUACUGUUCACUUGUUCAGAUUUGUGGAUAAUGCAAGCACAAUUUUUCUGUUACACACAUAUUAUGUCAUUCGUUCUGUCUGCAUGUUCUUUAAACUACUUGGUAUUUUGUAUCUGGAAGAAUUUCUGCUUUAUUCCAAUAAUUUUUUGAUAUUUUCAGUAUUUUAUUUCUGCUGAAUAUGCAUAUCAGCUAUUAUGAUACUUAUAGUUGUAUCAGUCAUGCAUUAUCUUCACUUUUGUUGUCCUCAUGUUAUUUUGACUACACCCGUUUUGAUCAAUAUUAGUAGCAUUGUCAUCCAUGUAAGGAAACAUUUCCAGUGUUCAUAAAUUACGCUGUGACCAAGUAGCAAUUCACAAACUUUAUAUAACAAUUUAUUAUGUUAAAAUGGCACAAAAUUAAUUGAUCAUGACAUGAUAAAUUAUUAUAUAUACAUUUAUGAGGUCACACACUCCCAUUUUACAAUGUUGAUUAUUGAAAACUCACUUGCAGAAUGGACCAUUGCAUCCUAUAUUUUUUCCUAUUGUUUUGUAUUAUUGCUUGCUGAAAAUGGCUAUCUGUGGAUUUACACACACUUUUACACUGCUUUUAGAGUAGUGUAAAAAUGUGCUCUUAUUUUUAAGCCCCAGAGAAGUGUACUUGGACUAAUAAUACCUUUGGAAGCGCAAAGUAGAAAUCAGUAUUUUAUUCUUUGGGCUGCACAAUCAAAUUAAAACCAUGUGUGCACCAUGUACUUAUUUGUAGCCAGGACAAAAGUACAUAGAACUGCCAUAAGUUUGAGACUGCGCAUGUCUGAUUAUACCAUCUGAUGAAUGUUAUCAUUUAUUCAGUUUUUCAUCAUUGUCGAUCAGAGGACACAUGCAGUUUAUUUCCUUUAUGUCGAAAAAUUCUGGCAUUAUCCAUAAACUAAUUUAAAACUGAAGAAACUAAUUUUAGCUGUCUUGCUAUUAAUUCCUUCCCCUGGGACGAAAGCAGAAUAGAUUGAGAAAUGUUAGAAAGGAGGGGGACACCACUCGGAUCUCAGAAUGAGAAUUGCCCAUCUGUUGUGAGGAUAAGGGUAAAUGAACCUGUUGUUCAGAAAUCAGGGAAAUGAAUAUCAAACAGAAAGAUGCAAAUAGCCCAUGUUGUGUGGCAGACAUCAAGUUCCUUGAGUCAUGCUACAGAGCAUGACCUUCAACCACCAUCCCUCCCCCUUCUUUCUUACACACACACACACACACACACACACACACACACACACACACACGGUCUCCAUUUGAUUUCUCUCCAUUUCCUUUAUUAUCUCUGGUUUCUCUCUGGUCUUCUAUCAUCUCUGGACUGAAGCUAGCACAUUGUUAACAGAUAUACUAUCAUUGACCGACUCUGUCUGACACCUCACCCACUUUUCCCAUUGUUUCCUCUCUUCUUCACAACAGAUGGGUCCCUGUCACCCUUGGGUUUGAGAUGUCUGCCCCCCAUACUAAACUCAAUCCAUUCCUCUUCCUUCCCUGAGGAAGGAAUUAAUAGUUCUGAAAGCUAGGUUUAAUUUUUUCACUUUCAAAUGUUUGUAUCAACAGUAGAGGUAUUUUGCCUUCCAAAUGUAAGUAUGGACUAACCAUUUUGUCUCUCUGUAAUUUUAUUGUUUUCGCAGAUGAAUUUCCCUUUUGACCAAUUUUAUUGUAUUUUUCUUUUAUCACCAGAGUUAUUUUGCAUGCUUUUCAUUUUAUUGAGAGCUGUCUGCUCAAAAGUAGCUGGUUUAUUCCAGCUGUAAAUUUUAUGGUGAUGCACACCAUUCAGUCCGUCCAUAUUUAUCAAGUACUGUUUUGUAUUGUAUUUCCAUUUUGUAGUUGCUGAAUGUCAUCACAUCUGGAUAUCUCCAUUUACUCAGUAUUGACAUUUUUUAAGUUCUCUCACUUUGUAUUUUCAGUAUUUCCCUAAUGACUUUCUAAAGACAGGUUUUCUGUCUGAUGACUGACUGACCCACUCCACACACAGACACACACACACACAGACACACACACACACACACACACACACACACGCACGCACACACACACUCUUCCAUACUUCACUUGUGAACUCUGAGUUAUCAUCUGUGAUCGCUUCAUCUUUUUGCCCUUAGUGAUGUAAUAUUGUGUGAUACAUUCCAAUUGUCUCUUGUUUCAAAGCUACUCAAACGUAUUAUUUUGAACUGACUGUUAAUACAUAAGCUGUUUGUUCAUAAGCAAAAUAUGUAUAUGGAUAAACAAGAGAAUGUAACCAGAGAUUUUUAUACAUUUUUACACAUUCUACUGAAAGACUGAAAUUUGUAAGCCUUUUGUAAUAAAUUAUUGUACAUUUUCGAAGUGCCUUAUAUUCAAAAUAUAAAUGUUUAUAAUAUAUCUGUAAAUUUUUUGUAUUUUUUAUUGUAAAUGUUGGAAUUUGUAAAUAGAUAUUAAUUCUGCCUUGUUUUAAUGUUAAUUCAGAUGUGUAUUUGUUGUUUUGUAAAAUAUUUAAAUGGCAU